CCGGCGUGGGGAGGUGGCCUCGCUGUCCGGACGUCCCGCUGACCGCGGGCCUGCCACAUUGACCAUGUCUGCCGACGGGACCGGGACCGAUGCCAGCGCGCAAGGGACAGCGGAAGAGCUGGUGCCACAGCCGAGCGUGGUGGACCGCGUGGCCAGCCUGCCCCUCGUCAGCUCCACCUGCGACAUGGUGACCGGCGCCUACGCCUCCACCAAGGAGAGCCACCCACGCGUGAAGACGGUGUGCGACGCGGCCGAGAAGGGCGUGAGGACCCUCGCGGCGGCCGCCGCCAGCGGGGCCCAGCCCAUCUUGGCCAGGCUGGAGCCGCAGAUUGCGUCGGCCAGCGAGUACGCCCACCGGGGACUGGACAGGCUGGAGGGGAGUUUGCCAAUCCUGCAGCAGCCCACGGAGAAGGUGCUGGCGGACACCAAGGAUCUUGUGUCAUCCAAGGUGUCGGGGGCCCGGGAGAUGGUGUCCAACACCGUGGCCAGUGCCAAGGACUCCGUGGCCACGCGGGUGACGGAGGCGGUGGACGCCACCCGCGGCGCCGUGCAGAGUGGUGUGGACAGGACCAGGUCUGUGGUGGCCAGCGGCGUGCACUCCGUCAUGGACUCCCGCGUGGGCCAGAUGGUGCUGAGCGGGGUGGACACGGUGCUAGGCAAGUCGGAGGCGUGGGUGGACAACCACCUGCCCAUGACGGACGCCGAACUGGCCCGCAUCGCCACAUCCCUGGAGGGCUUCGACAUGGCCUCGGUGCAGCAGCAGCGGCAGGAGCAGAGCUACUUCGUGCGCCUGGGCUCGCUCUCCGAGAGGCUGCGGCAGCGCGCGUACGAGCACUCGGUGGCCAAGCUGCGCGGCACCAGGCAGAGGGCGCAGGAGGCCCUGGGGCAGCUGGCGCAGGCGCUCAGCCUGGUGGAGACCAUGAAGCCCGGAGUGGACCAGAAGCUCACAGAGGGGCAGGAGCGGCUGCGGCAGCUGUGCGUGGGCUGGAGCCAGAGGCCGCUGCAGGGCCCGGAGGACCCGGCCGCACCGGAGGUGUCUGCGGGGGCGGGGCCCGAGCAGGUGGAGUCGCAGGCACUGAGCAUGUUCCGGGGCGUCACCCAGCAGCUGCAGUGCACCUGCGCCUCCCUGGCGGCCAGCAUCCAGGGGCUGCCCAGCCAGGUGAAGGAGCAGGUGCAGCUGGCCCGCCGCCAGGUGGAGGACCUGCAGGCCACCUUCGCCGCCGUCCACUCCUUCCAGGACCUGUCCGGCAGCGUCCUGACCCAGAGCCGCGAGCGUGUGGCCAAGGCCCGCGAGGCCCUGGACCACAUGAUCGAGUACGUGGCCCACAACAGCCCCGUCACGUGGCUCGUGGGACCUUUCGCCCCGGGAAUCGUGGAGAAUGCCCCAGAAGAGAAGGCGUAGGGUGAGCGCAGAGGGUUCUGGAAGCUCCAGCCCAGCGGCUCCGGCAGUGACCUGGGGUUCCCCGGCCAGGGGCUCGCGUUGAACCUGCUUGUCCUCUUUGGUUUUCUCAAACGCCCUGUCCUAACCCUUCGUCUGAGUCGCUACCUUGGGAAGCCGAGGUGUCCCCCAGGCAGUCCCUGCCCCUCCGAACUCAGAGGGGGCUUGUGCUGAGCCUCACCCAAAAGACGUUUCUAGAACCUUCUAGAACGUUCCUUCAGGGAUCUCACUGUCCGAUCCCACUUCUUUUCCUUCAUCAAGGCCCCCCGAGACCGGCCUUUAGCUAAUGUACCCGGGCUUCCGGUGGGAGAAGCGGCCUCCCAGGGAUGGGGUGGACGUGAGGCUGCGGAGGCCCUGCUGGCCAGCCCAGGUCGCCACCCCGCUGCUCACCUUUGCCUUAAUAAAUGUCACCUGCAGCUGA